AUGACCACUAUACUCCUCCUCAUCUACCUCUUCACAAUAACCACCUUUCUCCACCCAGGAUGGGCCCAGACCAACCAGCGAACACCUAAUAACCUCUGUUCAACCCCCGGCACCCACUACUGCACGCACAGCUCCCUCCACAGCCCAGAAAUACUCUCCUGCGUGACACGCACCCGAGCCGAGCUCCGCUCUUGCAAUGUCGAAUUGGCGCGUAUCAUACCCAAGGGAUACGAGGAGUGGGCUUUAUGCUAUGAAUCCUCGCCCGCGGCUGGGGAUGCUGUUUGUGCGUUUAAUGGGACGGGAUAUACGCGGAAAGGAGCUACUGUUGCGGUUCCGGAGACGGGGAUCUGUGAAGAUGAGAUUGAUUUUGUUUCUUUGGGGGAGGAGGUGAGCUCGAGGCUGAGUUAUGGAUUAGGGUCUGGAUCAAGUCCUACGAUUGUGUCAUCUUUGGAUGCAGGUUGGAGCUCUUUCCGGCCGGUUACUACGCCUGGGAUUGGUGAGGUGGGGGAGUCGGUGCAGAGAAACAGGAAACAAAGGCUUUGUUUUGAGCGUGGGAGGCCGAGGGCUGUGGAUCCUGGGGAUUGGAAUAGGGUUGUUACGCUGCUUGGUUCGGGGUCCGGUUGGAGGUCCUUGGGUGAUGGGGUCGGCGGGUCUCAGGAGACGACUAGAGUCGGUGGAGGGUGGCUACGUCUGGGUUGGGGUUGGAUUCUACUAGUGCUCUUGCGAGUGCGUAUGUCUCGGUUUCGACUGGGAGCUUACCGCUUUGGAAUGGUACCUCGGCGAUUGGGCUUCCUGUUGUGA